CACAAUGUCGACAGUAGCUCUCCUGUUGCUAGCAGCCUCGGCGCUGUUGGCCGUGCAUGCCGUCCGCGACCUUCCGACUGACAAGAAGUCGCUGCAAACACCCAACGAUGACGCUAGCCAUGAGGAGAGGCUAUGCUAUCAAUUUCUGGAGCGGUGGAUGCCAGAUAGCGACAGGAAAAUAAUCAAGUAUGAAUUUCUACAGCAGCAAGUUAAGCUGGCUCUGAAAGCUCGUGAGGACAAUGACUGGGCCAAGAAAGUUCCCAUGGAUCUGUUUAUGAACUAUGUUCUGCCCUACGCGAGCCUGGACGAGCCGCGCGAGGACUGGCGCUCGCUGUUCUAUGAUAAAUUCUCGCCGCUGGUGAAGGGCACUGACAGCCUGCUGGAGGCCGCGCGCGAAAUCAAUUACCGCAUCUGGGAUCUGGACGGAUGGAACAUCACGUUCAAGGCCGAGCAGACGCCCGAGAUUAUGUCGCCCAGCCAGGUGCUCAGCCACGGCUACGCCUCCUGCACCGGACUGUCCAUCUUCAACGUGAACGCACUGCGCGCCGUGGGCAUUCCCGCCCGAGUGGCCGGCACCCCUGAAUGGGUCGGGUCGGGCGGCAACCACGACUGGGUGGAGGUGUGGGCUGACGGCGUGUGGUCAUUCUUCGACGCCAUCCGCCAGCCCUUCAACCAGACCUGGUUCUUCCCCGACCCCGUGCGCUGGCAGGUGUCCGGAAGCUUCAAGCACGCCGUGUACGCCGCCUCCUUCAAGCCCACGCCCAAGGGCAUCAUCUUCCCGCUGGCCUGGCGCGACGACUACGAGAGUGUGGUGCCCGGCUACGACGUCACCAAGUACUACGUUAAGGCCGCGCAGGACAUCCAGCAGCAGCAGGCCCAGGAGGCCGCAGAGGUCGCGGUCGGAGGCUCGGAGGGCCAGGCCAGCAGCCAAAGUCGCCGCAGGCAGCUCAUCGGCGGUGGCGAGCGCACCGCCGUGGGGGAUGUGGGUGCGGCGGCGGCUGAGAACCCUGGGGCGGACGUGGCUCCAGGCGGGGUGGCGCACCACGUGUAGGUGCACGUUGCUGUGUCGCUUGUACAUGCGCCCAGUGUGGGCGGUUGGUGUUUGCAUGUGCAUCCACGCAUCAAGUGCUAUGGCGCCGAGCUGGGUACUGUAUGCUGAUUCCAUAUUUUGUGGGGAGUGACGGAUGGCCGCUGUGGGCCUUGAUAGGAAGGCGCAGCUGCACGCUUUGCGAGGCGAUGAGAGCGUGAUUGUGCACUACUGCGCUUGACUCGGACUGCCGAACACGAAGAAUGGGAAGUGGUGCACGCUUAUUGGCGGGGGCCGGGAGAGGGACAGAGCAGGGGCCCAAGCGGCCAAGCUCGAGCCAGUUCAAUGUUUACAUGCUCGAACAUAGGUAGCGGCUGAUGCCUUGCACCAUUCAGCAGCAAACCUGCGCGUGUAUCGACGUCCAGGUUUUUGGCUCGGACCAGAGUUGCAGGUGCUUGCGUGUGUGGUCAGUCCUGUCGGAUAGCCACCGGUGUGCGAUUACACGCCACCUCGAGCGUAGUCGUACGGUCCACACAUACGGCAAUCAUAAUUUAACCAUUUUUGCGCCGCCGUGGUUGCGAGCCCAAGACCACUACCCCCCACUCAUCUGACCCAUUAAGCCCUUGACACCACCACAUGACCAGCCCACACUUCACAUCUCGCGAGUCGUCUUCACUCAAAAGUGUCAUAACGUAUGCUCAUUUAACCGCAUCCAUCACGUCCCCGUACUAAGCUUGUUCUUCGUUUAGUCACCCCGCGCAGCGCACAGCCAUAACAGCCACAGCCCGCAGCCCGGCUUGCGCACCAUGUCCUCGCGGUUGCUUUGGGGUUGACGUUGCUUGCCUCGCGCCUAGCGCCAUAGCUUCUAC